GACCAUGUAUUGUCAUUGAAUGUAUUUGUCAUUCAGUUCGGUUUAUUGGAUAGUAACGCCACUCAGAGGCAUGUUUGAGAAAAAAUUUUUGAGUUUUUUUAGCGCUUAAAAAUAACAAAGCUGCAUCACUGUCGCCUCAGUUCAUUAAGACACACGCACGCGGAGCGCGUGCGCGCAUCCUGGAGUCCCGGCAUGACGUAUGCCCCACGGUUCGGCUAAGCAGCUAAGCUAGUUAGCUUGUUAUUGUUCUAGACCGCGCCAGAGUGAAUGAGUGUUGCCUAAACUAGUUAUCAGUAAACAACGUUUUAAGUAACGUGACAACUUUCAGUAUUCACCAUGGACGACGACUGCCACCCCAAAACCCUGUAUGUGGGUAACCUUUCCAGAGAUGUAACUGAAAUUUUGAUUCUGCAACUUUUCACCCAGAUAGGACCUUGCAAGAGCUGUAAAAUGAUCACUGAGUCCAUUCAAGGCAGGACAUCUGGAAAACAGCAUACAAGCAAUGACCCAUAUUGCUUUGUGGAGUUCUUUGAACAUAGAGAUGCUGCAGCUGCCCUUGCAGCCAUGAAUGGGAGGAAGAUAUUGGGAAAGGAAGUCAAAGUAAAUUGGGCCACUACUCCAAGUAGCCAGAAGAAAGACACAUCCAAUCACUUCCAUGUUUUUGUGGGUGAUUUGAGCCCUGAGAUUACCACUGAGGAUGUCAAGGCUGCAUUUGCACCUUUUGGGAAAAUCUCGGAUGCCCGUGUUGUGAAGGACAUGACGACAGGCAAAUCUAAGGGGUAUGGAUUUGUGUCCUUCCACAACAAACUGGAUGCAGAGAAUGCCAUCGUCCACAUGGGGGGACAGUGGCUGGGAGGGCGCCAGAUUAGGACCAACUGGGCAACACGCAAGCCACCAGCCCCAAAAAGUGUUCAAGAAAAUGGCUCCAAGCAACUGAGGUUUGAAGAUGUAAUGACUCAGUCUAGUCCACAGAAUUGUACUGUGUAUUGCGGCGGGAUCCAGUCAGGGCUAACAGAGCACCUAAUGCGACAGACCUUUUCCCCAUUUGGUCAAAUAAUGGAAAUUAGAGUUUUCCCAGAGAAAGGAUAUUCUUUCAUCAGGUUCUCCUCCCAUGAGAGUGCUGCCCAUGCCAUUGUCUCAGUAAAUGGCACAGUCAUCGAAGGCCACAUAGUAAAGUGCUAUUGGGGCAAAGAAUCUCCCGAUAUGGCCAAAAGUCCUCAACAGGUGGAAUACAAUCAGUGGGGACAGUGGAACCAGGUCUAUGGGAGUCCCCAGCAGCAGUAUGGGCAGUACAUGAGUAACGGAUGGCAGGUUCCCUCUUACAGCAUGUACGGCCAGACGUGGAACCAACAAGGGUUUGGAAUGGAACAGUCCCAGUCAACAGCCUGGAUGGGAGGGUUCAGCUCCCCACCACCUCAGCCUCAGCCCCAGCCUGGCCCAGUCAUGUCCAACCUGGCCAACUUCAGCAUGGCUGGCUACCAAACACAGUGAUGUGGCCCUCACCUCCAGUCAUAUUACAAUUGGGCAUAAGUUGACCCUUCGAGACCACAAAGCACUUUGUCCAGGUGCUGCGUAAAAUGAAGCUCAGGGUCCAUAUUCACAAAGCCUUUAGGCUAAUAGUUGCUUGCAAGCAGCCAAUUCAGGAGGAAAUUCCCCCAUUACAGAAGGUUAUUUGAAUAUAGACUUCAUUAUGUUUCUGUGGUUAAGUGCUGUUGGGACUGUAGUCUCGCAACAUCAUGAAGUCUAAUUAACCUCAAAAUUUCACCAUGCUAUUACCAUUGAGUCAUUGAACAAUAGGACUGUUGACAAUGUUGCAUUCAACAUAACACAAAGUCUAUAGAGAAAUUGCUUGUUUUUUGAUGCUAUUUUAUUGACUUGUUGCUCUUGUGGCCAUUGUAUGAUUUUAAGGGUAUUUUUCACAAAACAUUGCACACUGAUGAAUGACAGGAAAUAUGAGAGGGAGGAUACGAUCAACCUGAACACACAAACACAGCUGUGGUACACUCCCCACUGCACUGCACCACCAGAGCGCCACAACAUACUAAAAGUUUGUCUGACACCUAGCAGGAUAUUCAGAGUCCUGAUUAAAUGUUUUUCAGGUAUGAUUUAAAAUGCUUUGUGAAUACCGGCCCAGGAGCAGUACUUGAACUUUCACUUAAGAAGAAGCUCAUGUUAUUUGUAUCAACACAAAUUGUGGCUUUAAAGGAGAGUUACGCGGGAGGUGGGGAGCUCUUGAAUACAAUUUGUGUACAAAGAAAAUUUCAACUUCACAACUAUAAAAGCAAAAAAUAUAUAUUUGACUGAACUUUCAUGUUUUGUAUUGGAGUAAUCAGCAUGUUCUUAGCAAGAUUUUGACAAUUUUCUUUUUUUAGUUUACCACUUGAUGCAGCCAAUGGUUAGACCAGGCUUAUUUAUAACCUCAAGUGUCUAAUGAGAAAGUAAAUACUAUAGCACAUAUUCAUUGUAAAAAGAACCCAUUGUAAAUAGCUUAAUUCUCCCUCCAAAAUCUUGUAAAAGUAUUGGACUAUGUUGUGCUAUUUCUGGGGCUGGUUUCCAGGAGAAUUCUUAAGUUUGCUCCUAUUACUACCCUCAAAUAACUUUGCCUCUGAAACUGUUGAUGCUCCAUUUGAAAAAUUGUUUAUUCUCGAGCUUUUGAACUUUUUUUAUAAUUGUUUUUAUCUUGAGGUUGUGAGUCUCUUGAGAGGAAACCACAAACUGCUUUAGCAACACACAUUUUGGAAAACCAGCCCCUAAUACUACAUCAGGUUUUUGCCACAUUACAGAAUUUUGGAGCUUUCAGUCAGUCAGCCCUUUGUGUAAAAAGACAAUUUUGUGUUUUAUUCGUCCUGUGAAAUGCAAGACAUUUGUUUGGCGCCACCUAUUGGUGGCACACAGGUUUGAUGAAGAGAUUUGACUCCUCAGUGCUGACUAUACCUGUCAAUUUCCCCAUAGUGGAUUCUGAAUUUUCUAUCAUAGAUUCCCCCCCCACAAGUCCCAACAACUUGAAAAACAAAAAACAAAAAAACCCACAAGUAAAUCGUAUAACCUGGUUUUCAAAAAUGUCCUGUCAUUUUGAUUUUAUGUGCCAUCUCAUACAGCCUAUUAAAUGGCUUGCUAGCUUCACUUUCCUACUAGUGUUGUAUAAGCCAACAUACUUGAUACCAAGUGUAGAUUUGUGUCUUCUUUGUGGCAGCAGGGUAGUCCACAUGCAACAUAACAGGGUCACGUUGGCUAAUUGCGUAAAUAUAAACCCUGAAGUCCUACCUUUGUGAAACUUAAAAAUGAGUAAUGUACAUAUUGUGGGUAGGAUGAUAUAAUUGCCAUCAUCAAAUUUUAGUAAUAUAAUUUAUGAAGAAGCCUUAAUAGUUGUCAGUAACUGCACAUUUUUAUUUGUGAUGGCUCCAUGACAAAUUUAAACUUCUCCACUGAAAAGUUUCCCCUUUUUAAGUUUGUGUGCCAUUUUCAGAAGGUAGCAGGAAGCAAAUGGUGUUUUAGGACAAAUUGCCCGCAUGACAUGUAAUAUAUCUACUGCUUAAAAUAUUGAAUGUAAUGGCAAGUUGCUUUUGAUGAUAAGACGUGAAUUGACAAACUGACGUUAUGUUGAGUAAUUGGGGAAAUCCAUUUUCCAUUUAAACAGAAAAGUCAAUAAAUGAAACAAUUCUAAACAUGCAA